CGCCCACACUUCACGUUAUUGAAGGAAGAAGAAUUUGCUGCAGUCCCUCGUAUUUUGCAUUUUGCAAGAAUCUUUCCCCGUGUUUAGAAAGAAAUUAAGUGUUGCUUAAUUGGACUAGCCUGUGUUGAGAGCCCCCGACGGGAGGGAAUAUAUAGAGGUACCUUCACUCAGCAUCAGUGGAACAUGGACAGCGAGGGCAGAAAGGUUGUCGUCUGUGACAAUGGCACAGGGUUUGUCAAGUGUGGCUUCGCUGGCUCCAACUUCCCCGAGCACAUCUUCCCUGCGUUGGUGGGUCGGCCCGUCAUUCGUUCAAACACCAAGGUCGGAAACAUGGAGAUUAAGGACUUGAUGGUGGGUGAUGAGGCCAGUGAGUGUCGCUCCAUGCUGGAGGUGUCCUACCCCAUGGACAACGGCAUCGUGCGCUCCUGGGAAGACAUGCUUCACCUGUGGGACUACACCUUCGGCCCUGGGCGCCUCAAUAUCAGCCCCCCAGACUGCAAGGUGCUGCUGACGGAACCGCCCAUGAACCCCACUAAGAACCGGGAGAAGAUUGCUGAGGUCAUGUUCGAGACCUACCAGUUCCACGGCAUCUAUGUAGCUAUCCAAGCCGUGCUCACACUCUAUGCCCAGGGGUUGCUAACGGGUGUGGUUGUGGAUUCGGGUGACGGUGUGACCCACAUCUGUCCCGUGUACGAGGGCUUCUCUCUCCCGCAUCUCACGCGCAGGCUGGACAUCGCAGGGCGUGACAUCACACGCUACCUCAUCAAGCUGCUGUUGCUGCGCGGCUAUGUCUUCAACCAGUCGGCGGACUUUGAGACGGUCCGCAUGAUGAAGGAGGAACUAUGCUACGUGGGAUACAACAUAGAACAGGAGCAGAGACUGGCCACAGAGACCACUGUGCUAGUGGAGUCAUACAUACUCCCUGACGGUCGUCAGGUGAUGGUGGGAGGGGAGCGGUUCGGGGCCCCUGAGGCCCUCUUCCAGCCCCACCUCAUCAAUGUAGAGGGAGCCGGCGUGGCUGAGCUGCUGUUCAACACCAUCCAGGCUGCUGACAUAGAUCUCAGGUCUGACUUCUACAAGCACAUUGUGCUGUCUGGAGGCACCACCAUGUACCCCGGCCUUCCCUCCAGACUGGAGAGAGAGAUAAAACAGCUCUACCUGGAGAGGGUGCUGCAGGGGGACACUGAGAAGCUCUCUAAGUUUAAGAUCCGCAUUGAGGACCCUCCACGGCGUAAACACAUGGUGUUCAUGGGUGGCGCAGUGCUGGCUAACAUCAUGAAGGACAAGGAGUCCUUCUGGUUGAGCCGGGCUGAGUACCUGGAGAAAGGCCUAAGGGUUCUGGACAAACUGGGAGGAGGCGUGAGAUAAAGGUGAAAUAGGGGUUAGGUAGGGUCUCACACAGACGAGGUCUGGGGGUGCCGGACAAACUGGGGCGCGGCAAUAGAUAGAAGUGCUCGGUCGUAUUGACUUGGCACAAAUGGAAGAAAACGCUGUGCUCUAAUGAACACGAUACUGGAUAAAAUGGGGGCCGGGGUCAGCUAGACUUAAUACAAAAGAAAGAGUAUAUGAUACUGUGUUAAAAACUGUGAUUCUGUAAUAGAGAAAUGAUCAUGCUUUCCUGGAUGCAUAGGGGCCAGCCAUUAGCUCUGAUUAGAAAUCUCUGUUAUAAGAAGCAUGACAUAGAAUAGCAUUCUCCUCUUCGUAACGAUCAACUUUCCAAGAUGUUUUCCUUGUCAAAUUGACAUAUUGUAUUGCAUACAGUACAACAAUUACACAGUACAAUUACACAAUAUAAUUGUACAAUUGUAAUGUUUCACAUUUUUUACCAUUUUAAUUCUCACAGUGUCAAAUUGAACCCUUUUGAUGAGGUUCGUUAUGUUGUUUCAAAUGCAUAUGAAAAUAAACACAACUGACUUUAAUCUAAAUGCCGAAUGGAAUAAAGUGAAUGUUAUGGUCUUUGACUGAAUAGCCGUUCAGUGUUGGACUAUAUCUUUGUGUCUUUAAAGAAUGUCAGUUAUCACUUAUUCUCUGUCACCCAUCAUGUGUGUAAACACAGUUGGAAAAAUAGCCAUGUUUGUUUAUUCUGACAGUGUAGAGAAUAUGAUUAGUCAAAGAUCUUGUGACCGUGGUGGUUUGAGGUUGCCAGAAUCUGUCUGCUAUAUAAGAAUAGUAAUUAGCUGUCUCCCAGUUCGGACUUGUAACAUUCCCUCUGCAUUAUAACUUCAUCAUGAUAUUACGGUACAUAUUUUAGGCAGCAAACACUGAUAAACAAAGAAUACAUCAUGUAACAGCACUAUGAACAGAUAUUGCAAUUUUAUUGCGAUUUUGUAAUUCUGGACAAAAUACAGCAAUGUGUUUAUACAUGAAAAGAAAGUGAAUGCCAUAAUGUUGCAUUUUUCAACACAACCAACACAUGCAUCACAUACGAAACCUGCAGGUUCUUUACAUAAAAUGAAAACAGCAUGCAAUAGUCUUCAGAGAAUGUGUCAUUGUUCGUCUUUAAAUUAACCGUCGUCCAAUGGAAACU